AUGAGACCUUACACCUUCUUCGAGAGACUAUCCAAAGCUUUCCAUGAUUCUGCUUCUCUUUCCAAGAUUCUCGUCGUCUCCACCAUCAGUGGUGGGGGACUUAUGGUCUACUCUGAGGCAAAUGCAUCCUAUAGCAACAAUGGUGUUGAGACUGGAACAAAAAGAAAGAAAAAGGUUGUGUUGCUUGGAACUGGAUGGGCUGGAGCAAGUUUUUUGAAGAGUUUGAAUAACUCCUCUUAUGAGGUUCAGGUUAUAUCGCCUAGAAACUACUUUGCUUUCACACCCUUGUUACCUAGUGUUACUUGUGGAACUGUUGAAGCUCGCAGCGUUGUUGAACCUAUUCGCAACAUUGCAAGGAAGAAUGUUGAGAUGUCUUUCUUGGAGGCAGAAUGUUUCAGAAUUGAUCCAGGAAGCAAGAAAGUGUACUGCCGAUCUAAACAAGGCCUGAAUUCGAAUGGGAAGAAAGAAUUUGAUGUUGACUAUGACUUCCUUGUAAUUGCUACUGGAGCUCAGUCCAACACAUUUAACAUUCCUGGCGUGGAAGAGAACUGUCAUUUCCUCAAAGAGGUUGAAGAUGCACAGAGAAUCCGUAGCACUGUCAUUGAUUCAUUUGAGAAGGCAACUUUACCGGGAUUAAACGAAGAAGAGAGAAAGAGAAUGCUACAUUUUGUUGUUGUUGGUGGUGGACCAACAGGUGUUGAGUUUGCUUCUGAGCUUCGUGAUUUUGUUAACGAGGAUCUAGUCAAACUCUAUCCUAAAGCCAAGAACUUAGUGCAAAUCACUCUUCUAGAGGCUGCAGACCACAUCUUGACCAUGUUUGACAAGAGAAUUACAGAGUUUGCUGAGGAAAAAUUUGGUAGAGAUGGUAUUGAUGUGAAAUUGGGUUCUAUGGUGGUCAAAGUCAAUGACAAAGAAAUUUCUGCGAAAACCAAAGGAGGAGAGGUCUCUACUAUUCCUUAUGGAAUGAUUGUUUGGUCAACUGGUAUUGGGACUCGUCCUGUGGUCAAAGAUUUUAUGAAACAAAUUGGUCAGGGCAAUAGACGUGCUUUAGCGACAGAUGAAUGGCUCCGGGUUGAAGGUUGUGAUAACAUAUAUGCACUUGGUGAUUGUGCAACAAUCAACCAAAGAAAAGUCAUGGAAGACAUAGCUGAUAUAUUCAAGAAAGCAGAUAAGGAAAAUUCAGGAACAUUGACAGUGAAAAAAUUCCAAGAAGUAAUAGAUGACAUAUGUGAUAGAUACCCUCAAGUGGAGCUCUACUUGAAGAGCAAAGGUAUGCAUGGGAUUGCCGAUCUUCUAAAACAAGGACAAAUUGAGAAUGGUUCCAAUAAGUCCAUUGAACUGAAUAUAGAAGAACUUAAAUCGGCUCUUUGUCAAGUCGACUCACAAGUGAAGUUUCUUCCAGCUACUGCACAGGUUGCAGCUCAACAAGGCACUUACCUUGCAAAAUGCUUUGACCGUAUGGAACAAUGCGAGAAGAACCCUGAAGGUCCCAUUAGGGUAAGAGGAGAAGGUCGUCAUCGUUUCCGUCCCUUCAGGUAUCGACAUUUAGGACAAUUUGCUCCAUUAGGAGGCGAACAAACAGCGGCCCAACUUCCAGGAGACUGGGUGUCGAUAGGACACAGCAGUCAAUGGCUGUGGUACUCCGUUUACGCUAGUAAGCAAGUGAGCUGGCGAACGAGAGUCCUGGUGGUCUCAGACUGGAUGAGGCGAUUCAUCUUUGGGAGGGAUUCAAGUCGCAUAUGAAAAAUCUCAAGUCUCUCUCAAGUCUCAAUAGUCUUGGUUCUUUACUUUUCAAAUAAAAGCAAAUCAACGUGAAGAUGUUAAAACUUCCUUUGGUUAAUUCACUACACUACUCUUGUGUACGCUAUAGCGAAAUAAAACGUGGAAGAAUCAACUGAUAGAAAAAUAGAUGAUUCUAUUAUCUUUCAAACUUUCAUA